AUGUUUUUCCAUAUGUCUAUAUCUAUCUAUCUAUCUAUCUAUCUAUCUAUCUAUCUAUCUAUCUAUCUAUCUAUCUCUUCGUUUGCUCUUAUUCUUUCUAUACCAAUUUUCAAUGUUAUAUUUGGCUUACUUAUAAGGUUUCUUCUUUCGUUUGCAUGCUUCAGUCCUUUUAUUAAUUGUUCCAGGUUUCUAUCUUCCUUGUUCAUGUUAAAAUCCCAUCUUUCUGUUUUUGUCUGCAGUCUACCCACUCACCAAUUGUUUUUUCAUUCUUUUGAAUUGAAGUUCAAAAGUUUUUAUCUUUUUUCUUUUCUCUCUUGUGUAGACAAAGUUCUCUUCUUGGUGACCAAACUCCCUUCUUUCUUCACUUAUUUUCCUCCCGUCCGCCUGGAAAUGACGCCUUUCUUUUACGGCCCUCCAAACUCCACUUAUGGACUUCUUUUAAAACUUUCUUUUCUGGGGCUUCUUAGAGAGGACUUCUUAAAACUUUCUCUGAAGGUGCAACUUGCCUUCAGCAACUUAUUACCCAUGCAUCCUUUACUUAUGAGCAAACGCUGCCUGCCUUUUCAGCAGGGAGAGAGAAUCGAACCUUCUGUUUCUAAGCGGUCUCAUUUCCAACUGCUACCAAGGUCCAGUCCCAGUUUUCCCUUUCCCUUCAAAAGGGGCGCUUCAUCUUUGAACCGUCCAAUCACAGUCCAUUAA